AUGGAGAGAGUGCAAAUCCCAGAAGUGAUACUGAGCUCUGGCAAUUAUAAGAUGCCUGUGAUAGGCAUGGGAACAGCAGGCUACCCCCUCUCACCACCUCACCAUCUCACCACCAUCUUGAUCGACGCCAUCCAGGCCGGUUAUCGCCAUUUUGACACGGCCUCGGCCUAUGGAACCGAAGAACCCGUCGGCCGAGCUGUGGCAGAAGCACUAGAUCGGGGACUCAUUAAGAGCCGUGACCAAAUUUUCAUUACUUCCAAGUUAAGGUGCAGUGAUUCCCACCACGACCUUGUCCUGCCUGCCAUCCAUCUAACAUUACGGAGGCUUGGAUUGGACUAUGUGGAUCUGUAUUUGAUUCACUUGCCAGUAAGGAUGAAGGAAGGUAUUGAAGGGUUUGAAUUUACAAAGGAAGACUUGCUGCCCUUUGAUAUUAAAGGGACAUGGGAGGCCAUGGAAGAGUGUCACAGACUGGGACUGGCCAAAUCCAUUGGUGUCAGCAACUUUGGUUCCAAAAAGCUCACCCAACUGCUGCAGCAUGCUACCAUCCCACCCGCUGUAAAUCAAGUGGAAAUGAAUGUAGCAUGGCAGCAGCAAAAGUUGAGGGAAUUUUGCAGCAGCAGAGGAAUUCAUGUGAGCGCGUGGUCGCCGUUGGCUGCAAACGGAGCAAUUUGGGGAUCCCUAGCAGUGAUGGAGAGUCCAAUCCUUAAAAACAUUGCAGCUGCAAAUGGGAAGAAUGUGGCUCAGGUUGCACUAAGAUGGAUAUAUGAGCAAGGUGUUAGUGUUAUUGUGAAGAGCUUCAAUCACGAGAGGAUGAAAGAGAACCUUCAAAUUUUUGAUUGGAAACUCACCCAAGAUGAACUGUUUCAGAUUCAACAAAUUCCCCAACGUAGGGGAUUUACGGGAGAAGUAUUUGUUCAUUCGGAAGGGCCUUACAAAACAUUGGAAGAUUUUUGGGAUGAUGACGCAUGAAGUUUUAGUAGUUUUCGAAAACUUCAAGUGUGAGUAUUUUUCUAUACUUACUAAGUUUUUUUUAUUAUUAUUUUUUAUUUGUUAAAUUUAUUUUUUAUUUUUGAAGUUGGAAGUUAAAAGUUACAUAUUUGUCAAAUUUAUUUCUCAUGUUCUCAAAGUAUUCCAACCAUAUCUUUAUCGUGACAAUUUUAUGAAAAACACAAAUGCAACAAUAAAAAUUAAAACUAAUUGUGAAAGUUAGAAUCUUCAAAUUCCGUUAGGAAUAAUGAUUGCAUAUAUUCAGAACCUUAGCCAACUCUAUAUUUGCAGGUUGC